CGCCCUCGGCCCGGUGCCUGCUGGAGGCAGGCAAGCGGCUGCAGAGCGAAAAUGGCGGUGCGGGUGUGCAGGAUCCCGGCACUGCGUUUGCUGCUGGCGCGGGGCGGAAGCUUCUGCGGAGCCCGCAGCGGCGCCCGGGACUACUCCAAAGACAAUGAAAGUAGCUGGUUCCGCUCCCUUUUUGUCCACAAAGUGGAUCCCCGAAAAGAUGCUCAUUCCAAUCUUCUGUCCAAGAAAGAGACCAACCACCUCUACAAGAUCCAAUUCCACAAUGUGAAACCUGAAUGUCUAGAUGCUUACAACAGCCUGGCGGAGCAGGUGCUUCCGAAGCUGCACUCAGAUCCCGAUUACCCAUGUGACCUGGUUGGGAAUUGGAAUACUUGGUAUGGUGAACAGGACCAAGCAGUGCACCUGUGGCGAUUCAGUGGUGGCUAUCCAGCCCUCAUGGAGUGCAUGAACAAGUUGCGACAGAACCAGGCAUACCGUGAUUUCCAAAAGGAGAGAAGUAAAAUGCUGCUCUCUCGGAGGAACCAGCUGCUCCUGGAAUUCAGCUUUUGGAAUGAGCCUUUGCCACGUGCUGGACCCAACAUCUACGAGCUGAGAUCAUACAAGCUUAAGCCGGGAACCAUGAUUGAGUGGGGAAACAACUGGGCACGGGCCAUUAAACACCGCCAGGAGAAUGAAGAAGCAGUGGGUGGUUUCUUUUCCCAAAUUGGGGAGCUGUACGUCGUGCACCACUUGUGGGCAUACAAAGAUCUGCAAUCCCGAGAAGAAACGAGGAACGCAGCCUGGAGGAAACGAGGCUGGGAUGAAAAUGUUUAUUAUACAGUGCCUUUGGUUCGGAGCAUGGAGUCUCGGAUAAUGAUUCCCUUGAAGAUCUCACCUCUGCAGUGAUGCCAGCCUCCUGCCUGUGCACCUUCAGCCACUAGCCUUGACAGCUGUACAGAAAGAAACGAAUCUUGCCUUCUCUCCAUUCCCUUCCAGCCUCCCUCUGCCCACUCCUUUCGCCUGCUGCUUCAUUUUGUAGGCUGUGUGAGUUUCUACCCUUUUGUCAGGCUGCUGACCUUUGACAGAGACAGCGUGUGCUGGACUGGGCUUUCCGCUGGGCUCACAUCAAACUGCACGGAGCCUAGAGUGGGGUAUCCCCACCAGCCCUAAGGCAUGCUCCAGAAGUGGUUUCUUUGGGAACCAGAUGGAUGGACAUACUGUGCCUGAUAAACUGCUGAUGGAAGCUGGCAGUUCUUCUAAGUGCACGAAGGACUGAAUGAAAACUGGAAUAUUUUGUGCCCAGUUCCUCUUGCAAACAGUCUUGUACCUUGGGGCGGAGGGGUGGGGAGGUAAUCCUGGUUAUCAGUCUUCACUGGGACGUUCCUGCUUGCUCUCUGGAUGUGUGUAUCUCUUGGUAUUGCAGCCCAGCACAUGGGCAGAUGAAAAGAUGUCGCCUUCUGGCCUUACACUUGUGUGUCCCAGAUGAUGAGAAGCCCUCCUAUGGCAAGGUGUGUUGUCUGCUUUAGGGCUGGGGGAGCCAGAUGUGAUUAAGAUGUCAUACCACGGCCCAAAAAUGUUGGUCUAGCCACCAAUGACUGUACAUUCCUCUUCUGUAGUGCAGAGAAGGUUGGCUUGUCUUCCAAGACCCCAGCGGUGGCUUUGGGAGAAGUGAUGCUUAAUGUUUCCUGUAUCCUUCUUUGUACUGGCUACUUGGUGCACUUCAGUCUCUUUCUUCCCCUCUGCCCCAACUACUUCUGUUCCUGCCUCCCAAAGUAGCUAGGCUUCAGUCUGAUACUUUGCACAGCUGCCUUAGAUGUCUUCUGACAGUAACGUCAUUGGACUUGUCUAGUUCAGUCUGAGCUAUUCAAGUUGCCAGGGACCCAGCAGAGGCAUUGAAGAUAUCUGGAUCAGUGUUCACCAUCAGGCAUUGUCAGCUUGCAAAAGAAGCAGCCCUGAGUGAAGUGGCUCUCUGCAUUCUCCCAGUUUUGGAGCUAGGGGGCUAUUCCUUCUGCCAACUCCAAACCUCUCUAUGGGAAUGCACAAGACCAAAGCAGAGUUCUAGGGAUGUGUAAGAGCUCUCAUCACCUGCUUUUUGGUUUUCAGUUUGGUUUUUUCCUACAGAAGCCCUCUAGCUGAGGUAGGAGAGGCCACAGCCAGGGAUUUCAGACUGUUGACAAGUGUGCACAUUGGGGUGGGGAGGGUGGACUGUAGAAAACAUGCUUGUUAGGGAAAACUUCCUUUUGUAGGGGACCAUGUAACCAGCCUAAACCACACCUGUAAUUAAAUACUGAACAUGCUGGUA